AAUGUGCUUAUUGGAUCUACAGGCCGACCCCGCAUGGUAACACGGGCAUUAACAAAGGGAAAUACACUUCUUGGUCCUGUAGAGGGACCAGUGGGUGGAGUUCUCCGCUGUAUCUGCACAGCCUAUCUUGUAUCUAAACAAGAAACUCUACUGGAGUGCCAUAGAUGCCGUAAUUGGUGUCACCCUGCCUGUGUGGGUGUAGACCACGCGGAACUGCGGCGAUAUCAAGUGGAGAAUACAUAUGUUUGUCCAUUCUGCACAGGAAUGUAUAAACGAAAGAGAGGUGAGGCUCAAACACAGGCACCAGCACCACGUCAAUUACCACAACGAUUACGUGAAAUACCAGAUCGAUUACCCAUUGGUAUUGUAACACCAUUACGACAUGUAGUGAAAAUUACAAAACGGGCUGCACAUCAAGCCGGAUUUGAGGUCAUUGAUCUCCCAGAGAAUGAACUCACACCUACAAUAGAGAAGGAAUGUUUAGAAUGCUGUGAAGAUGCGAUUCAGUCAGCUACCUUUUCUGAACAAUAUCCAGCGUAUUGUUUAAAAGAAGUACGAUUAAAAGCUCACCCUUAUGUACAAGGAACUUUAUUACGUUGUCUAAAGACAGGUUGUAUUGUUUCCAUGGUAUUAUCAAAUGGUAUGGAUGUGUAUGGAAACUUACGACCUACCAUUACACAAUUGAAGAGUGGUAUUAAUCGAGGUCUUAUUGAUCAAAAACAUCAAACCUCUUUUAUGGCUGCUUGUACGAAAUUAACCGAUGUGUCUGAGUUUGUUCACAUUACAUUAAGUGCCACUCACAGAGAUUAUCAACGGCGAGGUCUUGCCCGAAUGUUAAUGGUAUUGGAUUUGGCGAAAUGGGCCUUACGAGGCCGUACACGGGCAUAUCUAAACAUGGCAUUGGAAAAACGAAUUGUAGAUGAUGGCCAACGCCUGGAGUAUAUUGUUUCUCCGGCUUCCAGAGGAUUAUAUGAGUCUUUUGGUUUUCGAGAUGUUUAUCCACGAUUUGAUCGAGAAACGGAUGAGGCCCGAUGGACACCAAAGGAAGCCGAUAUGGGUCGUGUGAUGGCGCAUUUGAGUUUUGUUCAGGAUCUCUUGAAAGUGGCAUCUCGAUAUGAAACUAGUACGGCGAAAACUCCUAUAUCUAUUGCUCUUACUAAUACUAAUACUACUACUACUUCUACAAAUAAUACUACUACUACUAAUAAUACUACUACAAACGAUACUAAUAAUAAUAAUAAUAAUAAUAAUAAUAAUAAUGCUUCUCCUAAUGGUAAAGUAUUUAGUACUAGUGUUCAGAAUGGUAAAGCUCGAUCACCCUCACCUCCUGUACCGAGGAAACGUCUCUCGUUGCUUGGAAAGAAGCCUCAGGGUAUAGAGAACUGA